ACCAGUCUAGAAGAGUUAAUUUCAAUGGUACGCGGUGUGUACAUGUACUUUUUGUACAUCCGGCGCACACGUCCAUAUACACCCAAAUGUACAGGACAUACAUGAGCCGGGAACCAUGUAAAUGUCAACAUGGAUAAAGAUGCUGUAGAUGGUUCGACUGAAAAUCCGACGAUUUUGGACUGUGUACAGACCGAUCAAUUUGGCUUGAGAACAUUUGAAAAUGAGCAAGGAAAACAGGAGUAUCACGUGGUCAAAUUUGACAACAAUGGGGAUUCUGGGCUGGUCAUGAGCAAUGUUCCUGUGACGCUGCCUCAAAAUGUCUCGGUGCACGUCGAUCAAUCUGGAAGAUUAAUGCUCCAAAUCGAUGGUGGAGCCAUUGAUGGUCUAACAGGCGACUUGGGUGGAAGUGGAGAUGCAGUCCCAAUUUCUACAGGCCAGGUCACAGAAAUGCCUACCAGCUUUCCUAAGAAGCUCCCCCCAAUGCUUUUGCAAUCACCAGAGGCAUUGCCCAGUAUCCGGACUGUGGAUGGUGUGUUGCAGAUGGGAAGGGUCUCCAGUGUUAUGGGUAAUGUAGCAGACUGCUUACGCUUGAUGCCUGAUGCUGAUCCCCUGGACUGUAUGGACACAGCAGUGCAAGCCACAGCGACACCAGCCACAUCAACCCCUACCAGCAAUAGCUUCACUGAUGUCAUUGCUACAAUGCAAGGGUCCAUCCCAAAUGAGAGUGGAGAUUGCUCCUUAAAUGUCCAGGACACAGGUGAUGUUGACACAGUGUCAGGGUCAACAGAACGAGUUGAUGACUCGAUUGACAAUUCAGAAUCUCUGAUUGGUUCCUCAGAAACAUUGACCUCAGUGUCCAUGGCGGAAGUCAUGGAUACCAUAACAAGAACGUCUGAACCACAAGUCACUGGUACCCUUCCCAGCUCUGUUCCAGUCGACACUCUUUCUUUGCCGUCCUUGGUCAGCAUUGGUGUGCCAAAUGUGGAACUCACCACAACAGGUCAAUUGGUAAUCAGUCGAGGUCCGAUGGUUUACAGCGACCAGUCCAGCAGUCUUCUCAGCAUGGCUUCCCCUGUUCCUGAUAUAACUAGCUCCCUCAAAGAGAACACCAUUACACCAAAUGUGCUCACUGAGAACCAACCUGCUGUCAAACCUAAGGUCAAGAGGAAAGGUGGCUGGCCCAAGGGGAAAAAAAGAAAAAAGGAACUUGUACCCAGUGUCCCCAAAGCACCAACUACAGCGUAUUCUGUGUUUCUAAAUGAGCAGCUGAAACUUAUGAAGGAAAAGCAUUCCAAGAAGCAGUUUCCUGAGAUUAUCAAAAUUCUGGGCCAUACCUGGACAAAAAUGACAGCUGAAAGCAAGAAGAAAUAUGUGCAUGCAGCAGAAGUGGACAAGAAACGCUAUAUCGAUGAACUCCGGGCCUUCCAACACAGUGAAACCUACCAGAUGUUGCUCAGAAGACAGGUUGCUAAAAAGAUUAAAGAUUUGGCAGGUGUUGAUGGUGCUACCAUAGAUCCUGAUGUCAGUGCCUCAGUUGUUAAUGAAUUGCAUUUAGAGGAGGAUGACCCUAGUGACCUGCUGUGUAAGAUAUGUGACCAGUAUUUCAGCUCAGUUCAUAACAAGAAAGAGCACAUGUACGGCAAGCAACAUCUCCUAACACUGACUGCAAAGCUGUGUGAAAUAGAGAAAGAAGUCCUGGAGAUGCAAGAGAGCAACCAGCAUUUGACCACCUCUAGCUUAUUAGACCCUCCAAAUCAAGCUAUGCCAACAGAGCAAUCCCUACAACCCCAGACUGAAGAGAGACACUCCACUGCAGCCGGAGGCGCCAGUAGUGUGUCAGGUACAUGUACAUGUACAUGUACCAGGCAGCAGCAUCCAACAACACCAGUCAAGAUAGACAUUGAACAAUUCAAGGAGGACUUCAUGGAUAUGAAUCUUGUUCGAGAGAUGGAACUUGGGGAGUUGCGGUGUCGGGACCAGGAACUCUUUGAACUCAACAUGCAACUCAGCAAUCAGUGCCAGCAACUUCAGGAUGCAGUUGCUAAGGCAACGCUGGAACUGAAUGAACUAAAGCGGGUGGACACUACACUCAGGGCCAAGUUGGAGAGUCUUCGAAUGGUUCCCACGCUCUUUGGUGUCAUCAACUUUUGACAGAGGCUAUUCAUUUGGAUGCAGCCUUUGAAGAAUUAUUCGUAUGAUCUCCAAGAUCCCCAACUUGGUUUUAAAACCAAAUGUCAGUGUUUCUCAUAAUAUUUAUUCCAGAUUUCUAUCACACAGUAAGAAUAUGUUGUUUGUACAGAAGCCUAAAGCUCAUUAUAUUAUUCUAUCUCUGUAUUUAUUUAUCCUUUAUGCCUUAAUUUCACUCUGAGAAAAACAACUCUUCCUUUUCACCCUCAUGUCUAGGAUGUUGAAAACAACUGAAAUUUCCUGAAUUAAUUAAAAACUUGGACUAACUCAUAGCCAAUAACACAAAUAACCAUAAGCAGACAUGACUUCAAAUGACAAAUGGGAUACAUGCAUCCUAUUGCAGUUCAUCACUCAUAAAUGACACCUUUAAUGCAAGAUUGGUAGGUGAACAUGCGUUCAUUGCUGAGCAGCGAAGUUCCAGCUUUCCUGUUAGUAUUAAUUCUGCCGGAUUAAUUUCUGCUGAAAUUAGAGCAAAAGGUUGAGUCCUUCUCAUCCUUUUGUUCCAGACAAACUAGUUGCUUUGAGACAAGGACCAAGAUUCAGCCUCUUAGCAAUGCACACACCUCCAUGUACGAUUCAGCUUCAAAUCAGCCUCGAGGGCAGGUUUUACAGUGAUUCUUCACUGCUUACGGUCGGUUCACCCACACUGCAUGUCACCAUGAGUAGCAUUCCGCUACUUAGAACUCACUGCCGCCAGAUGGUAUGAGGAGUACAUGUACGAGCCUGCUGGAUGUUUGACCCUUCUGCUAGAGUGGAGAUGUGCUCACAGUGGCCUGAAUAAUUCCACUCAGAGGAAGAGCUGCUUUGUGGCAGAUUAAAUCCAGUCCCGUGUUAAAGAUUGAUAUCACUCCCUCAAUAAAAUAUCUUGAGGAAAAAAAAGUGGUACUAAUGCUGUCUUUUGGAUAGCGCAAACGGUGACAGGCAGUGAUGCAUGUCAUGACUGUGCUCAAGAAUAUAGCAUCAUCUCAAGAAUAUAGCGUAGUGAACAUAGUAUCAGCUGAGAAUUUUUCAUUUAAGCAUCAGACAUGAUGGGACAUCACUUUGUGGUCCCAAGAUAAUAAUGACAGUAUGGGUUCCGAGUCAUCACAUCAAGUCAUCAAGCACAUCAACCCCCACCCCAAACUUUGACUUUGUCAUUUCUGCCUUCUCAUAAGUGAGAUAUCGGUCAUUAGUUAUGGGAGUCACUGAAACUCUGCUCUCAUUAUGAAUUUGAAUAAACCAAGUGUCAGUAUAUCAGUAUUUGAAGCCUGCAGAAGGUGAACCCGUACACUGAACGUUUGAGGCCGUGUCGACCAUUAACGGUAUGCUUUGGGUUGACUGGGAUGGUACGGCUGUAUCUAGUGGGAAUACUGUUGAAAGAAGUUGCAUGCAAAAGUGAAAACUGGUCGUGUUAGUAAUGUCCAGGUUAAGGUGGGUUCGUACCAUGGUGCGAACACGAGCGCCAAAUUGUGACGAGAUAUCAAGUAUUCGGGCGUCGAAUUCGCAAAAGUUUAAAGGCUGGUUCAUAUUUCAUGCGAAAGCGAAGCGAAUUUAACGCCGCGACAGGUUUUUAGCGAAAUUUUGCUCGGGUUGAAAUCUGUUCAACUUCUGCAAAUCCGUAGCGCGAAUAUGUGACCUGACGUCACAAAUUUGUGUUCUUGUUCGCUUUCACUUUUUAACACUUUUCAGCUCAGCGAAUUUUGCAAGAGAUAUAUUUCCUGACGUAAAAUUCACUUCACUUUUGUGUUUGUCCGAAGUCCGGAGUUUAAAAAGGCAAUUUUACUAACUGUUUAAAUUCCCGCUUUCAGGUUUUGGAAAACGUUUCAUUUUGUUCUUUUGUAGAAUUGCCAUAAAGCCGUUAUCAAAGUGAAAUGUGCAUGAGCUUUGUAUCUACAAAAACGCUUGCUUCUUGAUGUGAAAUGAGAGAAAGCCUUGAUAGUCUUCGGUUAAUGAUAAGCUGUAUUAAGACUUGUCUUGGGGCUAAUUGCUCAGCAUCGGGAGAAGAUUGCUGCAGUACCUGCGUAUUUUCGCUGGACACCUGGUCAUAGAUACAUAUACAUGUACAGGUUUGAAUAUUUGCCAUUUCAUGUUUUGGUGGGUUUGUUCAGUUUUUAAAAUCCCUUUCAGGAUCAGCAACACUAAAUUUUGGAGAAGUGUAAAAACUUGGUUUUAGCUCCAUGGACGCUAAUGUUGCGAAAACAGUAAACACAAUAAAUCCAUUUAUAUACAUUUCGCCUUCUUUGCAGUUGCCAUACUCUCAUCUACAUUCUUAGGAAUCGGAUCGGGUAGAAAUAAAGAUUGGAUGUCGAAUUUUCACCAUCUUGAAUGGAUCGAAAAGAAAAACCAUUGGAUAUUUGUGAAAACACCUGUACAUCUGUAACAAAGCAUUGCAUGACAGCCGGUUAGAUGGAUUAGUUCCUUGUCAUCCUAUCUCUACUUCAAACCUUGUAAUUUGACCGGUUGUUUAUUGCAAAGUAAAGAGGAAUGGUGUUUUCGUCCCUUCAAAUUUGUAAUAAUUAUUUCUCGCCAGAAUCAUCUACGAGCCGCAAGGAAAGAGUGAUUCAGUCAAGGUCGAACAUAUACCUGCGGAUGGUUCCUUUUCACUUUGGACUGUUUGAAAUCAUCUGCCUUUAUAGCUUGUCUCAAAUGCUAUACUGUGUGAAUACAAAAAUAUUUAAGACUUCCUAUAAAGACCAGUGAAUGUAAGUUAUAUAUUGAAUAAAUAUGAGUCAACUUGU